UUCGCUACCAAAACUUUUGCCGAAAAGUAAAAGCCAAUCUCAGUUCCCUGCAUCAUCCAAUCAACCGCCAUACAAAGCAAACAGCAACACGUCGUCGGAUGGUGUUACAGAUAAUGCAAUAAAUGCUGAUGACGAGAAUAAUCUUUGCGCUGUUGAUGGUAAUGCAAUACCGAGUUUUUUAAAGGGUGGCAUUCGUCGUUGUGUAACUCAAGUCAUGCGUCCCGACCAAGAUCAAAUCACCAAAAGUGGUGGUUCCAUAGCUGAACGUUUGGCAGCCCUGCAAAAGAGUGGCACAGAUGAUUGGCGUCGCAGAAUUUCAAAAAAAGAUGAGACCGAUGACGUUCGAAGGGAGAAUUUCGUUAAUGAUGCAAUUUCCAUAUCACUACAACAAUCACCACAGAAGGAAAACAACAUCAUCAUAUCUUCCCCAUUAGAUGGUGGCAAUGUAUCGGAUCGUUUGGCUAAAAUACAAACGGCAUCAUUGGGCUGGAAAUCACGAGUCGAACAAUCAGAUGCAAAGCAAUUCACCGUAGCCGCUAAGUUGCAAUCGAAACCAGUCGUGCAAUUGCCGUUCAACAAAUCGGAUGUGAAAAGGAGUCCUCCGUUGAUAACGCUGAAAUCAAUCAAUCAACCAUUACUCGGACUGGCCAAAAGUCCGUCGAUGAUGGUGCCCAUCACACUGUCCGUCCCAAGCAAAGGCAAUUUGUUGACUCGAAGCAUUAGUGUGCCGGGUGAGGACGAGGAAAACUAUUACAACGAAUGUCGACGCGGUGACGUCAAAAAUGGCGAAGUAACGGAUGGUGACGUGAAUGGCAACAAUAGCUCGAAAGUGUCAGUGCCGAAUGUCGAUGACGACGAAGUGUUUAACAAAUUCUUCGUUUCCAUUGAGAAAACUGUGAUAGAGGAGAAUGUCGAAAUAGCUGAUUUUGAUGCGGUUAAGUCGAGUGAGCGAUUGAGCCAGAAACGAGCCAUCCAAGGUCCGAAGAAUCGACGCUCAGCUCGCAACCCACUGAAAACUCUUGCAGCUCGAGAGGAUCUGAAGAGUGAGUAUACGGAAAUCAAGACCGGAGUGGCCGAUCGUGAACUGAAGCGUCUCAAAUUGGAGUCCAUUGCUCGCACAAGUAAUCUUGCGGUGGAAGCGUUAGCGGGUCUAGCUUCUGUGGAAGACUUUAAAUCGGUCAACUUGAAGUCGAGUUCGCUGCCACUGAACCAAUCGUGGUUGCCAUAUCGCCCGAAAAUGUUACUGCAAGUCAAGGGACGAACUCACAUUCAGAUGCGGCUAGUGGAGCCCACGUACACGUCCAUAAAUCAAGGCGAUUGUUUCAUCCUCAUCGCACCGAAUAAGCUGUAUCGCUACGUCGGUUUCUACUCCAAUUUCAUUGAACAAUCGCGCUGCAAGCAGAUCUGUCUGCGUAUUCUGGAGAACAAAGACUUGGGUUGUACAGCCACAAAAGAAAUUGUGAUCAGUGACAGCAUGGGAGUUGGAUCGUCAGACUUCUGGCAAUUGCUUGGCAAACCGGAUGAUGUUGAAAUAACUGGUGCGGGUCAUGCGGACGAGGAUGAUCUGUUCGAAUGUUGUCUGAUUGAAUCGAAUGCGGUGUAUGAGUAUCAAGCUGAGCUGCUGGAACCAAUAGAACGGUAUUGGGGUGCGUUACCCCGUGUGGAAAUGUUGGAUCCGAAGAAGGUUCUAGUGUUUUCGUUCGGCAGUGAAGUGUACGUGUGGAAUGGGAAGAAUGCCUCAGCGGAGGCAAAGAGAGGUGCGCUUCGUCUAGCACAGGAGCUUUUUUCGGGAAGCUAUGACUAUGAAAUGUGCGAACUGAAUCCGGUGAAUUUUUCAAAAUUGGCAGGUCAUCGAAAGACAACGAAAAUCGUUAAGUCGGGUACGAAACCGGACUGGUGCUUACUGGCCAAGAUUACUCAGAACAUGGAAACGAUUUUGUUCCGGCAGAAAUUCUCGAAUUGGCCGGAAUUCGAGCGGGAUGACUUAGAGAAGGACUAUAUAUCACUCGGUGGACAGCAAAUCAAACCACUGAACGGCGUUGAACUAUUCAACGGGCAGCCAUAUGAGGAACCGAAUUUGGUGUUAGAGAAUUCGAAUCUGGGGCGAGGAAAUUUCUACUACGACCACGACACGAUGCGUCAUUUUGACAUUCUAACGCAAUCCGUGGCCAAAUGGCGCAUCAACGAAUUCAAUUCGGAUAACAUUGCUGAAGAUUUGUACUGUCAUUUCUAUUCGGCAGAGACAUACAUUAUCCGUUGGAUGUACCAGAUUUCGAUAACCGUUCGCGAACUGAGUGGCGAAAUAUCCAAACGCAACACCGUCGGCCGUGAUCGUUGUGUCUAUUUCUGUUGGCAAGGAUCAGAUGCCAGUACUAACGAAAAGGGAGCCGCAGCACUAUUAACGGAUGAGCUAAACAAAGCGAAAGGUUCGCAGAUGCGACUAUCACAAGGUGAAGAGCCCACCGCUUUUCUGCGCUUAUUCCGUACGAUGUUUGUGCAUCGUGGUAAUAGGGACGGUGUGGAAAAACGCCGAGAUCAAUGGCGUUUGUUUGUGAUUUUGGGCAAUUCGGACUGUGAAACCGUUUUAAUCGAAGUGAAUUGCGAAAUGAAGCAGUUGCGAUCGAGGGCAUCGUUUCUACUAGUGAACGGUCGAAGUGGGCAAGUGAUUGUUUGGCAUGGAUGUAGAAGCUUGAAGCAUACACAAGAAGUGGCCAUAGCAGCAGCAGAUGCAGUAAAAUCGAAGAGAUAUGAGGAACUGUUUAGCGACAGUGUUGAUUCUGUCGAGCUGGAGUAUGUGACUGAGGGCGAAGAAAAUGAUCGAUUCUUUGAAGCGAUUGGCAGCCGAGAUCGGGGUCAAUAUUUCAGUUUGGUCACAUCUCCGAAAUCAUUCGAUUUUACACCCAGAAUGUUCCGUUUUAGUAGCACGAAUGGGAAAUUCGAAGCGGUCGAACUUCUUAGUCAAUUGAGAACCAAAGACUUAGUCAGCCCGUAUCCAUUUCAACAAUCCAUUUUGUUCAAUGCUCGUCAGCCGACAAUCUUUCUCAUCGACAACGGAGACUUCCUUUGGUUGUGGCAAGGAUGGUGGCCGCAAGAAGAUCCUGAAGGCGAUACCGAUCAACUAAUCGAUAAUCGUUCAGGCGAAAUCAGAUGGCAGGCAGAACGUCGAGCUGCAAUGGAAACGGUUGUCUUGUUUUACAAAGCAAAGCAGAAAUCGACUCCACUGUCGAAACAGUCAAGUGCUGAGUCAUCACUAAUGGAUGAUAUCAGUCCAACGGAUGAAGCGAUUGCUGGUUCGGACGUUGUCGAUGAGGCAUUGAAUCCAGCCACCGUCAAAGGGAAUAUCGUCUGGGCUGGUCUCGAGCCAAUCGAAUUCGUUGCACUAUUUCCGUAUUGGAUCGAACGCAAAGAUAUUGGUCACAUCAAUAUUCAGGACGGUCGUAGCGAGGUUCCAGUCUCCAUAUCAGAAGCCCUGUCCCAAUUGAGUCAGAAAAAGCAUCCAUUGUCCGUUCUGCUCACCAGACCCCUGCCCGAAGGUUGUGAUCCGACAAGAUUGGAAAUGUAUCUAGAGGAUGACGAUUUUGAAGUGGCAUUGGGCGUACCACAAUCCGAAUUCGAACGGAUGCCAUUGUGGAAGCAGACGAAACUUAAGAAAGACAAGGGAUUGUUUUAGAGACGUUGCGUAGUGUUCGUCGGCGACGGAGUGCUGGUUCUUAAGAAAAAAAAUUAGUUUUUGACUAAGACCGAAAGUGUCGUGGCACGGAUCGGCAUCUGUGGUGAAAAGAAAAUAGAAAAGAGAGAAUCUUUUACCUCAUCUCAGUAUUGUUGAGAUGAAUGUCUAAUGACGAACUCUUUUCUCUGACAAAAAUGUGUGUGCCUUGUUUUCUACCAGAAUGUUAACGAUUUUACUGUGUCGCACUGAUAGAGUUGGAUGCGGGAACAUACAGGAAAAUGGACCAACACAGAAGCAAUAGC